CACACCCAGAGCCAGACUGUUUAAAGGUUUCGCGGGUGCACGUGUCAUCCUACGUCAUGUUGAGAUCAGCACCUCGGAGAGCGGCGGCGCGGCGCUUGUCAAUAAACACCAAAACGGUCCAUUUCCCCCCCGAGAUCUUACAUGGAGUCCGCUCAAGAAAAUGUGCAUGUUUCUGAACUAAUAACGAUUUGCAUGUGCAUGACAAUGGCGAUUUGCAAUUCUAGAAUAUUUGUUUCCUCAAUUCAAUCCGAAAGCCGUCAAUUUCAAAGAGCAUACGGGAAGAAAUAAGUAGGCUACUAUCACGUAUUCAUCAGUGGCGUUACCACUUUAACUGACUUGGGAUGUGUAGUCGUCAUGAUGAUUCUUUAACAGGAACAUUCGCAGCAAUAUUUCCUCCACAGCCUGUCCUAUCCGUUUUGUUUUUCUCUUUCAUCUCCGUCCGUCGUAUGAAUGUUGGCCGGGCACACAAGGAACUCGCGAUGGACAUCAAACGGAGAGAUGUUUUGCUGUUGUCCGAUUUCCUGCUAACCCGUCGUUUAUAAAAUGCAAGCUCAAUGGAUUCUGAGUCGGGUCUCUGGGUUGUGGAUGGCGGUGGUCGCAGAUUGUACACGAGCAGAUCGAGAGAAAAAUGCAGGAGACCAAAAUAAGAAAAUCGUCAUAAUGGGAUGGUAGCUGGAAUGCUACCAGAGAAAAAACAAGAAGGACCACAUUACGUUCAAGGGAAAGUUUAUCCCUAAUUAUCCACUGUAUAUUGGAUUAUGAUCACGGAAAUCGUUCCGAGAAAUGACUUUGUGGACGUGGCGUUGAUGUUUUUCGUUCUGGAUUGUAAAUGUCCUUUUAUAUUAGCCUGUGCCUCCUUGUUUCUCAGUUCCUCGUUCGCCCGUUUUCACAUAUUCUUCUACUUUGGAUAGCACAAUGAGAUAUUGAGAUUACUGUGACGACCAUGCUUUGAGGGCUAUUUAAAAACUGAACAUGGAGAACGGAUGCAGGAGAUGUCCAAUUGCAAUUUGUAGGCUAUAUGUCUAGGCUAUUUGCGAUUUGUGCUGAUUGGUUUGGCCAUGGUACUUGGAUAUUGACUCCUUAAGGAGUGUUGGCCCGCUGAGGGAAAUCGCUCAUCCGCAUUGACUUAGAUACACACAUACCAUCACAUAAACUAAGACUAUCUGGUCUUCUGUAUCUUCCCAAAUAAAUAAUCAGGCAAAAUUAGGGUGUUCCCCUGGUGUAGGCUACCUGGUUGCACAACCUAGGCCUACUACCCUGCAUUCAAGUAUAAUAAUAAUAAUAAUAAUAAUAAUAAUAGCCUAAAAACAGUAGUAAGAUUCCGCCGAGUCUCUAUUUUCACCACAACGUACGGUUUAAUCAAAGAUGUUCAAGUACCGGAUCCGCAUGUUUUUCAAUGAACUGAAGGUACUGGUUUUUAUGCGACCCGGUUCUAGACACUCUGAUACCGACGUAGACCUAAAUAGACGAUCGACCAUGCGGGGACUCGGGAUGGGCGGCUGCGGAUGGCCACCCUUUGUCGACUGCUCUUCUCGUAAUGACGAAGAGGAGUAUUACGGAAGUGAUCCGAGGCCCAGGAGCUUGGCGUUUGAGGAAAAGGACCCCAAGCUGCAGGCGGGCCUGGAUGCAGUGUCCCUCACGAGCAGCACCGGGAGCGGUAUGCGCACGCCCCAGUGCCGAAUCUGUUUUCAAGGACCGGAGCAGGGGGAGCUGCUGAGUCCAUGCCGCUGUGCUGGAUCUGUUCGCUGCACCCACCAGCCCUGUCUGAUUCGCUGGAUCAGCGAGCGGGGAUCUUGGAGCUGUGAGCUCUGCUAUUUCAAGUAUCAUGUGCUGGCCAUCAGCACCAAAAACCCACUACAGUGGCAGGCCAUUUCCCUCACCGUGAUUGAAAAGGUUCAGAUUGCAGCCAUCAUCCUGGGCUCCCUGUUCCUGAUUGCCAGCAUCUCCUGGCUGGUGUGGUCUUCACUCAGCCCCUCAGCCAAGUGGCAGCGACAGGACCUUCUCUUUCAGAUUUGCUAUGGCAUGUAUGGAUUCAUGGACAUUGUGUGCAUAGGCCUCAUAAUCCAUGAGGGCUCCUCAGUGUACCGAAUAUUCAAGCGCUGGCAGGCAGUGAACCAGCAGUGGAAAGUUUUGAACUAUGAGAAGGCGAAGGAUCUGGGGGACCCGGUGAGCUCCAGCAGUAAAGCGGCGGGGCGCGGAGGCCGCGGCAGCACCCACGGUCCGAGCAGCGUGGGCCGGGGCCGGCGGCAGGGCCGGAGGCUAAGGACUAUCCUCAACCACCACUGUGGCUACACCAUCUUGCACAUCCUCAGCCAGCUGCGGCCCAUGGACCCACGCCUCAGGGCCACCGCCAACAGGGAGGUGGUGAUGAGGGUCACCACCGUAUGAGACGGAGCGGGGACCGGGGUGGCAGCAAAGGCUCAGGAACCCCCACGAUGCCCUUCAGACUCGCCUGUUGGCACUGCAGUGUCUAUGGCUUAGUAAAACUGUGCUGGAACUUGCUUGGAGCAACAAUGAAGACCAGUGACAUGUACACACACACACACACACACACACACACACAAACCCACAUACAUAUAAACAGAUUCAGAUGAACAUGCAGCAUACACAACCACCUCAUACACACAUGCAGACACAGCCAAAAUACACACCAGUGUUCUGAUUCAUGAGCAAAAAAAAAAAAAGAAAGGCACAUUUCUUA